AUGGUGGGCACAAUUGGUAGCGACCGUGUCGCACCAAAACUAGACGACCCACUUGAAGCUGCCAUUGUUCAAUUUCCUGAACAACCAAAGAAGAUUACAUUCGAUAAGUUGCUAGAACAAAAUCUUGGCAACUUUGGAAGGUAUCAGCUUCUUCAAUUCGUCUUACUAUGUCUUCCAACCAUAUUUGUAGCCAUGCAUGUAAUGAGUUGGGCCUUCGUUGCUGUGCCAUCACCUCUGUCAUGUUCGAACAUGACCUUUGCGGAGAACUGCACAAUCGAAGACAACGCACAUUCAGCUGUCGAAAGAUGGCAAAUGUAUGGAGACAGGUCAUGGAUCAAGGCAACUGUACAGUCACUAUAUUACAUCGGGCAGAUGACAGGAUCGCUCUUUUGCGGAAUCAUGGGUGACAAGAUUGGAAGAAAGAAGGUUUUCUAUCUCGCCAUUGUCAUACAGACCUUCUGCGGCCUUUUGCUGACAGUUGCCCCAACGUGGUGGCUUUUCGCUCCUUUUGAAACUUAUAGGGCAGGCACAGGGUUCUCACAGCCUGGAAUAUACGGUGUAGCUGUUGUGUUGGGAAUGGAACUGGUAGGUGCAAAGUAUAGAAGACUUGGAGCUGUUGUGGCCGGAGCAUUUUACGCUCUGGGAGAGAUGAUGCUGGCCGGUAUGGCUUACCUUCUAACAGAUUACCGAAUUCUUCAUGCUGCCAUAGCGCUACCUUCUCUGAUAUUCCUUUCUUACUGGUGGUUGGUUCCGGAGAGCGCUCGGUGGCUGGUAACAAAGGAACGGUAUGACGAAGCCGACAAGAUUCUUCACAAAGCGGCUCGAAUGAACGGAUCGUAUGUUCCGGAAAGAUGGUGGGAACAGCUAGUACAAACCCAGAACAGCAAAUAUCAAUCGUUUGGCACGAUCGAUCUUGUACGUACACCAAAGAUGCGCGUCAGAACACUCAUCUGCUUCUUCCUAUGGCCUGUGAACACCAUGAUGUACUAUGGAUUGACUAUGAAAAGUGAUCUCGGUGGCGGCAGUCUUCAUAUAAACUUCGCUGUUAGCGCCUUAAUGGAAAUCCCAGCCCUCCUGCUUGUAUACUUCCUUAUCGAUCGCAUAGGAAGACGUCAACUUGUCGUCUUUGGUCUGCUAACAGCGGGAAUCUGCCUUAUCUUUAACUGCAUUAUAGGAGAUGAUGUUUCGUUUUACUGGGGAAUGCUACAAAUGAUGAUCACGAAAGGAGCGGUGACAGUCUCCUACACCGCCAUGUACACAUACACUUCCGAACUUUUCCCGACAGUGAUUCGCAACACUGCCGUCGGAUGCUGCUCAACAAUUGCUCGCGUUGGAGCCAUCAUGUCAUCGUAUAUGGCUCUGUGGCUGGUUGACUCUUAUGGCAAGCUCGCUAUGGUCAUUCCGUUCACGGCGCUCUCUUUGAUAGCGGCAAUAUUGACAGGGGUGUUUCUACCGGAAACAAUGAACAAGCCUAUGCCCGAAUCAAUAUCCGAAGUGGAAGGAACUGAAAUUUAG